AUGGAGGAAGGUCGGUGCCGCAGGCUGACCGGGGGGAGUCGAGUCGGGGACCUCGCUGGCGGCGCUGCCACAGCCGCUUUCUACGACGAGUAUUCCUUGGAGGAAGACUCAGCCGGGCAAGGCUACCCAUGGCCCCCCAGAUCUUACUCGUGCAGCUUCUGCAGGAGAGAAUUCCGAUCGGCCCAAGCUCUCGGCGGCCACGUGAACGUACACCGGAGAGACCGAGCCAGGCUGAAGCUGUCCUCCGCGACCCAGAUUGAGAUCGGCCUCCGCCAGAUUCCUUGCCCCCCGGGUGUUUCAGUGGGGACGUCUAGAUCACCCUCUUCUUCUUCUUUUAGGGUUUCAGGGACUUCCACCAUUGAAAGCCCUAAAGAGCAGAUCCUUGUCUCUCCUUCCUGCCUUUCACAUUUCUUCAACGAAAACCCAGAUGAAUCUUCAGUUCAGAUUCCAAUGGGGGAGGGUGAUCUCAAGGAGAAGGCGCCAGGUGGCAAAAGGAGGAAACACGACUUGACUGUUCCUCACGCUCUCCGAUUCUCUGUGGCUGGCGAGAGUCUUCUCCAAUCUCAGACACUUGGAGGUGUCUCUAUUCCCGCUGAGGAAAUAGAUCUCGAGCUUAGGCUUGGAGGAUCCGCCUUCGGCUGA